GAAAAAAUCCCGCCACAGUGCAAAAUUUCAAGUCGCCUUUAUUUUAAAAAUAGAUAUUAUUUUAUUAUUAUAAUAUCGCAUCUAAAGCCCCCCCAAAAAAAAAAUCCUAUUACUCACUCAUACGCUCUCUCGUCAAACAAAAAAAAAAAACCUAAAGAAACUUCGACAUGAAAGGCGGCGAAUCCAAAGCUGAAGCAACGAGCACUGAUCAGAGACUCAAAACCAGAGGUAGAAAGGCUGGGAAGAAGACGAAGAAGGAUCCAAAUCAACCUAAGAGACCUCCAAGUGCUUUCUUCGUCUUCCUUGAGGAUUUCCGAAAAGAGUUUAACCUAGCGAAUCCUAAUAACAAAUCCGUCGCUACUGUUGGUAAGGCUGCUGGAGCUAGAUGGAAGGCAAUGACUGAUGAAGAUAAAGCUCCUUACGUCGCUAAGGCUGAGAGCAGAAAGACUGAAUAUAUUAAGAAUGUGCAACAGUACAACUUGAAACUGGCUAGUGGAACCAAUAGAGAAGAGGAUGACUCUGACAAAUCCAAGUCUGAAGUUGAUGAAGCAGUAAGCGAAGAGGAGGCAGAAGACGACGAUUGAAGCAUCUAGGUCUUGCUAUUGACUUGACUCAGAUUUGAGAAUGUAAACUUGCUUAGGUUUAUGACCAAAAACUUUUAAAAAACUCUUAUUUAUGCUUUGUGUUUGUGAUAUUUGAACCUCAUUUGCUACAUCAAUGUUGUUUUAGGUCAGUCUGUAGGGAUAAUAUCACUUGACUGCUAUAUUUCCCCUAUUUCCUUAUGUUUUACUAGUAUUCAUAUGUUCUUCAACUUUGUAUGAGUUUUAGUAUCAGUUUUAUUUCUACUUAUGCUUAUUUGUUGACUUCUGUUUCUACUUUUGAGUUAGUUGUCUCUGAAUUUUGGCAUCUUGUGAUAUUUGACGCUUGUGUGACUGACAAAAGUUCUACUUUUC